UAGAGGUAAAAGAUUGUUAAAUUAUUACUCCAUUAUUAAUUUUUGAUAGAUAAAACACCCAUCAUUCUUCUUAUACCCUAAUUCCCCUUCUCCCUCUUCAAUUCCAGAGUUUGUGAAGACCAGAGUUUGGGGACACAACGGCAUAUUCAAGAAAAGGUAGGGAAAAUGUAUCUCAAGUCAAAGCUGUCAUGGAAUGUUGUGAUUCCCGCUGAGCGCCUUGACGCAGGAGGUCUGAUGCUUCAAAAGGCUAUAAUCACUCGCCUCAUGGCUGAUUUUGCCGCCAAGAAGGCUUCAAAGGAUCUCGGUUAUUUCCUUGCCUUGAGCACAGUGGGGAGCAUUGGGGAGGGGAAGGUUCGGAAGCAGUCGGGUGAUGUUAUCUUUCUUGUAGAUUUCAGCUGCAUAACCUUCAAAGCUCUACCGGGAGAAAUCUUGGAAGGCGUCGUCCACAAACUCCUAAAGCAGGGGGUGUUCUUGAGGUGUGGACCUGUCCAGACCAUCUUUCUCGCUCACCAGAAGAUGGAUGAUUACCAAUACAUGCCCGGGGAAAACCCCUACUUCAUGAAUGCUAAGUCCUCAAAAAUCGACAAGGGCGUGGUUGUGCGCUUCUUGGUCAUCGGCUCCAAGUUUAUCGAGGUUGAGAAAGAUUUUCAACUCAUAGGCAGCCUCGAGGGCGACUACCUUGGGCCUGUUGCUUAGGCACAAAACAUCACAUUUCUAAUCUGCAACAUGUUAGUAUAUGUGCAGUUUAACAACUCUUAGAUUUGCAGUUUCGAACUUUGGUAAUGGAAAUAUGUGUCAAGUUAGUAGGCUGUUGUUUGUUUGAUAUUGCACUGCGUCUAUGGAUGUAAUCAAGUUGGUAGUGCUAACUUCAAGUUGUUUAUUUAGUACUACUUCCUUCUUGAUUA